GACAACACCAAUGGAGAGAAAAACCAAAAAGGUCUUAUAUUAUAAAACCAAAACAUUCAAAGAAACACCUUAGGAAUCAUCAAAAACCAUAAGUGGGAAAAGGGAAAUGGAGGAAAAAAAUAAUGCUAAGCUUUUUGGAAAUACUUUAUUUUAAAGAGGGUGAGAUAGCCACAAGAGAUUCAAUCAACCAAAAGCAAGAUAUGUAGUGGAUCCAACCCAUACCCAACAAACCCCACAUUAUAUAUAUCUUUAGAUCAAAUUAGAUUAUUGUGUGCAGUACCAACCAGAACCAAACUUUGUGCCUUUUUCCCUGCAGUUGCGGCGAGUUUUGACUAUUUGCCAAGGGCUAAGGCUGAGACUUUCAGAGAUCUGAGACUGUGGAAAUUAAGUGUCACAAAUGGGUGUCAAUGUGGGGAUUAUUUGUGUUUUGUUUCUCUUGGCAACACAGGCAAUAGGGGUUCCUGCAUUUGCACCAUGGAAGAAGCUGCAAUUGCCAUGGAAGAAGCCUUCUAAAGGGAAAGUCAUUCAGAAAAACCAAGCUCUCCCCAUUAAUACCAUAUUCAAGCUUCCUGUACAUGUUACAAAUUCUUGGCCUCCAGGUGGUAAUUUUGCAAGUGGAACAAUUGAUCUUGGUGGGCUGCAACUGUAUGAAGCAUCAACAUUCAACAAAGUUUGGGGCACCUAUAGUGGUGGACCUGAUGAUCGAGGUUUCUCCAUUUUUGAGCCAUCAGGAGUACCUCAAGGCUUCUCCAUGUUGGGUAGCUACAGCCAGCCCAACAACAAGCCUCUUUUUGGAUAUGUUCUUGUGGCAAAAGAUGUGUCCACAAACACCAGCAACCCUAGUCUAAAGCAACCACUUGAUUACACACUUGUAUGGAACAGUGCAUCUUUGAAGAUUGACCAAGAUGGUCCCAUCUAUGUUUGGCUACCAACAGCACCUCAAGGUUAUAAAGCUGUAGGCUAUGUUGUCACCACAACACCAACUAAGCCUUCACUUGACAAAAUCAGGUGUGCUAGGUUAGACCUCACUGACCAAUGUGAGGCAAAUUCAUUCAUUUGGGGUUCAGACAACUUCAAUUUUUAUGAUUUUAGACCAAGCAAUAGAGGAACUCAAGCACCUGGUGUUAGAGUAGGCACCUUUGUUGCACAAAAUGGGAGUCCUAACCCUCCAUCUAUUGUUUGUUUGAGAAACACCAACGCUAUACCAAAAUACAUGCCUAAUCUACCACAAAUCAAGGCAAUUCUCCAAGUUUACUCUCCAGUCAUGUCCUUGCACCCUGAUGAAGAAUUCUUUCCAUCUUCUGUGGAGUGGUUUUUCUCCAAUGGAGCACUUCUAUAUAAGAAAGGACAAGAGUCAAAGCCUGUGUCAAUAUCACCAAAUGGGGCUAACCUUCCUCAGGAUCCUAACAUUGAUGGUGCCUAUUGGGUGGACCUUCCUGCUGAUUCAACCAACAAAGAGAGGGUCAAGAAAGGAGACUUGAAAAGUGCCAUAAGCUAUGUGCAUGUGAAGCCAAUGCUUGGAGGGACCUUCACUGACAUUGCAAUGUGGGUCUUCUACCCAUUCAAUGGACCAGCUAGAGCCAAAGUUGAGUUCUUAACCGUUAACUUGGGGAAGAUAGGUGAACAUGUUGGUGACUGGGAGCAUGUGACACUAAGGGUGAGCAACUUCAAUGGUGAACUAAAGCAUGUCUAUUUCUCUCAACACAGCAAAGGCGCAUGGUUUGAUUCAUCUCAAUUAGAGUUCCAAAGUGGCAACAAACCGUUGUACUAUUCUUCCUUGCAUGGCCAUGCAUCAUACCCUCAUGGUGGCCUUAACUUGCUAGGGGAAGACAAGAUUGGCAUAAGGAAUGAUACUGCUAUAAGUGACAAUGUCAUGGAUUUGGGGGCAUUUCAAUUGGUUUCUGCUGAGUAUUUGGGUUCUGAUGUUGUGGAGCCUCCUCCAUGGCUUAAUUAUUUCAGGGAAUGGGGUCCUAAAAUUGAUUAUAAUGUGAAUGAUGAGUUGAGGAAGCUUGAGAAGUUCUUGCCUGGGAAGCUGAAAUCUACUUUGGAAAAUAUUGUGAAGAAUUUGCCAAGUGAAGUGUUGGGAGAGGAAGGACCAACGGGUCCUAAGGUGAAGGAUAAUUGGAGUGGAGAUGAAAGGUGAAGAUUGUAGAGCUUAGUUACAUUCAUUGUUACAAACUCCAAAUGGAAUUAGAGUAAUGUUAAUUAUUGUGUGAAAAGUGGAAUUGAAUAAGUGGCUACAGUUUAUUGGAAAAACUAUAUAUUAAAAAAGUCAAAAGGAACCAACAAUAGCUUAAACAAGUUCACAAACCUUGUCAA